AGAUCAUCAUCAUCCAUUCCCACCACGGCCAUCAAAAAUAAUUGCAUCCUUCUCCUUUGAUUAGCAGCGACACCUUCGUUAAGCAAAACAUCAGCAUUCACAGCAAUAAACAUCCGCAAAGUAAACGACAACAACCUUAAAAACAUAACAAAGAACAUCGACGACAAUGACGGACCUUCACAUGACUGCUCGCCCGGGCUACACCGGCCAGCUCAACGGCAAGAUUCUGGAGCGCAUCCGCUUCCUCUCGAAAGAACUCGACCUGCCGAACCUGGAAGAUAAGUUUCCGCACCUGAAGGUGACGGACGGCUCCUGGCGCAAGCCCGUGCCGGUGAAUGCGAACCUGGCUGACUACAUCGACCACACCCAGCUCAAGGCGGACGCCAACGAUGCCGCCAUCGCGCAGCUGUGCGACGAGGCGAAGAAGUUUCACUUCAAGGCCGUCUGCGUGAAUGGAUGCAACGUGGCCCGCUGCGCGAAGCUGUUGAAGGGCUCCGGCGUGCAUGUGGCCUGUGUGUGCGGCUUCCCCCUUGGCCAGAUGACCUCCACCAUGAAGGCGGCAGAGGCGAAGGAGGAGGUGGAACAGGGCGCGCAUGAUGUGGACAUGGUGAUCAACAUCGGCAAGAUGAAGUCUAAGGACUACCGGUACGUGUUCGAGGACAUCAAGGCGGUCUGCGAUGUGUGCACGGCGGGCAAGGCGGUGUCGAAGGUUAUUCUCGAGACCUGCCUGCUGACGGAGGAGGAGAUCAUCGACGGGUGUAUCCUGUGCGUUGCUGCCGGUGCGACCUUUGUGAAGACCUCCACGGGCUUCAGCACGCGUGGUUCGACCCCGGAGGUGGUGGACAUCAUGCUGGCGGUGGUGGGCAACGCGGCACUGAUGAAGGCGGCGGGUGGCGUCCGCGACCGCAGCACGGCGGCGCAGUACGUGAGCGCGGGCGUGAGCCGCAUCGGCACGAGCAGCGGCAUGGGGAUUGUGUCCAAGAUCUGA